CCCUGUUUCUCUCCACCAUCAGCCAUAUGGGCAGUGCUUGUGACAGAACACCACUGAUUGGCUGUUGAAUGUUGUCUCUAAAGCAGCAGUGGAGCUGGCUGGAGGACAGGAGGUGGAGAGACGCAGAUAUCAGUGCCAUAUCUUGAGCCGGAGAGAGCGAAACUGUGGGAGAGUGUGAUUAAUAGAGGAAGAAAGAACGAAUGCAUAAAGAAGGGAAAAGGGACAAGGGGGGAAUCCUUUCUGUGCUGCUGAAGCUGUUUACAUUCUAGUUUCCUGAAGACGAGGACAGGCUGUGGGUGACAUGAGAGUGCUGCUGUGUCUGGGUCCAGUUCUAAGGAUGCCCGGGGGUGAGUGAGGUUCUGACAUUGUUCCAAUAGUGGUUCCACCACACCGUCGGGCCGGAACCAACACCGGAAUGCAGAAUCUACGACACGCAGCCACAGAAGCUUUUCAUCGCCUGGGUCUCAAGCAAAGACACCUGGGAUAUGCGGAGCUGGAUGAAGCGGACAAGCCCCAACCCCACUGGUUUCACACGCUGCAGGUCCGGAGACUAAAGGUUCAGCGGGGACGCAGCAACAGUGAUCCAAUGGGCGGGAAGAGCUUCGACCAGGAGUUCCAAUGGAAAACAGGCCUGCAGUUUGGUACGGCCAACUCCUACCUGAACCUGGAGAAGUUGGGAGAGGGCACAUACGCCACAGUCUACAAGGGAAUCAGCCGGAUUAACGGGCACCUGGUGGCACUGAAGGUGAUUCGUAUGAAGACCGAGGAAGGGGUACCUUUCACCGCCAUGCGAGAGGCCUCCCUCCUGAAAGGCUUAAAACAUGCCAACAUUGUUCUGCUCCAUGACAUCAUUCACACUAAAGAGUCCCUCACAUUCGUCUUCGAGUACGUGCAAACAGACCUGGCUCAGUAUAUGAUGGAACACCCUGGAGGACUGCACUCCUACAACGUCAGAAUAUUCAUGUUCCAACUGCUCCGAGGUCUCUCCUAUAUUCACAGUCGCAGGAUUCUACACAGAGACCUCAAGCCCCAGAACCUGCUCAUUAGCUACCUGGGGGAGCUCAAGCUGGCAGACUUUGGGCUAGCCCGGUCCAAGUCCAUUCCCUGUCAGACUUACUCUUCUGAGGUGGUGACGCUCUGGUACCGGCCCCCCGAUGUUCUCCUGGGCUCCACUGACUACUCCACCGCUCUGGACAUCUGGGGUGCUGGAUGCGUCUUCAUUGAGAUGCUCCAGGGGACGCCCGCCUUUCCAGGGGAGGCCGACAUCUUUGAGCAGUUGCAGAAGAUAUGGGCCGUUUUAGGCAUCCCGACUGAGGAGACGUGGCCGGGGGUCAAUGAGCUGCCCAACUUUAGACCAGAAUGGUUUCUACCUUGUGAGCCCCAGCAAUUCAGGAAUGUUUGGAAAAGACUGUCCCAGUUGCCCUACAAGACAGAGGACCUGGCCCAGAAGAUGCUGACGACCGUUCCCCGACACCGCAUCUCAGCCCAGGAUGCAAUGCAGCACCCCUACUUCAACACCCUGCCGCCACCCGUCACACAGCUACGAGACACUGUAUCAGUCUUUAAGGUCCCUGGAGUAAGGCUGGAAACGGAGGUGAAAGACAUCUUCAGUCCCAGUCGAAGGAUCAAGCCGUCCCAGGCGGGGCCCUUAGCCAAGUGCUGGUGAUAGUUAGCCUCCACCCACUGGGCCCCAAUCAGGGGCCCCCGGGCCCUCAGCCUGCAGGCUGGAGCACCACCUCCUGACCAGGAUGGAGAGGCUUCACUCUCACCACCUCCACCACCACCCGCGUCCUGCACAAAUCUCUGACUGGGUUUGUCUCCCUUCAGCGUUUCUCGGCACGGCUGGGCGUUAUUGAAAAUGAAUCCAUAUUGUGACUGAUGUUUUUGGCGAUAAACAUAACAAUGCGUUUAUAACAUUCUUGUUCGCUGUACAGUGUGCUGCACAGGUGUGUUGUUGUAAAAUGGAAAUGCUUUUUGAAUAUCCAAUCUCCCCCUUAACAAAGCCUCAGAAGGUUUAAUUCAAAGCGUUGCCAGUGUAACAUACAGAACAUGAAGACGACAUGCCAUAACAUAACACAGGUGGCACAUGGGAAGUUAUGCCAGGUGAGAUGGGAGGUCCCAGCUCCAAUGUAUGUCCCAGUCACGUGUUGCAGGAGGCUGGGAGAGGGCGAGGAUGUCACCUGGUGUCUGGUGAUGUCGCCUGGUGUCUGAUGAUGUCAGAAAUGCACUGUAGCUACAGUGUCAUGGAACACAACAUGUCUUAGAGAUCUGUCAGGAAACGUCCUCCAUCCUUCUCUUCUAUCUCCUCUUCCUCCUUUUUUCCCCCCCUCCUCUUCCUCCUCUAUCUUCCACCUCCUCUUCCUCCACCAACUGCCCCUUUGUCUUCUUCCUUUAUCUGCCGCGACGUCUUCCUCCUCCUCUAUCUGCCAUCUCCUCUUCCUCUUCUGUCUGCCACCUCCUCUUCCUCCUCUGUCCACCCUCCUCUUACUCCCCUGUCUCCACCUGCUCUUCCUCCUCUUCCUCCCCCUCCUCAAUCUCCACCCUUCCCCUCCUCUUCUUCAUCCUCCUCUUUCUCCCCCUCCACUUCAUCCUCUCCUGUUCUACCGUAACGUACUUUGAGAUUCAACUGUGAUGAUUUUCUUUUUACAUUUUAGUUUCCAGAUAACUGUUUUGUACUUCCAUGCAUAUAUUAUAUACCUCCUAUGUUAAUCAGGUCCUUGUGGAAGAUGAUGUUCCCUUUGCACAGCUUGUGGGUGGAUUUCCCUGCACCUUUAUGACUGUGACUGGUGUGUGUUCGUAUUAACUCAUGUUGUACUUAAUUCACACGCCCCAUCUAGAACAGUCGUCCGUCUUCAGCUGUACUAUCGGGGUCCGUAUUCCCUUAACGUGCGCGAGCGUGUGUACGUUUGCAUGUGUGCGCGCUCACGUGUGAGCCAGUGAGAGAAAGAGCGUUGAAUGAGUGAGUGAAUAAGUACUGCAGUAAUACUAUUGUGUGUUAUUUUCCGAUAUGUUCCCGUUGCUUGUAGCCAUUAGUGGCCUAAAGACCCCAUUCAAGUUGCUGUAUUCUUAGACGGGAUCUUAUAGUAAAUAGACUUUGGCCUUCUG